CGUUGUACCAAGUACUCAGUGGAGGUUAAGCCAAUGAUAACAACCAUCACAUAACCUAAAUCCAUCAAAACAAGUCGUGUUCGAAAAAUCCUCCAAAGUGUAAAGUACCCAGCUAAUUAACUAAUUAAUAGCCAUGGACGACCUCGAGAAGAAGAUUCAGGAGAGGAUCGCCCAGAAUGAGGCAAACAAACAGUCUCUGGUGAUAUUUGGACACGACAUGACGAAGGUGCCGUGUUUCAAGCAGAGUUGCAUCAAUGGAAUUUUAAGUGGAGUUGGUGCUGGAAUUGUUAUCUUCAUGUUCACGAGUAGAAUUGGUCUAGCUACUCACUCGGCGAUGGGGACCUUCGGGGCUGUUACCUUGGGGUACUUCUCUGUCUGUAGGUAUCAAUUUUUCAAGGAGAAACUUUUGAUUGACAAGAUGAAGGGACUGAUGCAGACUGCUCUGAUUACUGACGGAGCAGAGCGCGACGAGAAGAUAAAGGAGAUCUCCAAACUUGUUGAUAUUUGAAGGACUGUAAAACAAAGUGAAUAAAAUUGUAAAGAGAUUACACUGUAAGGGCCUUGGGCUCUGUGAGACCCAAGAGAUGUAUUAUUCAUGCAGAUCAAUGUAUAUUUCAACUGACCACUUUUUAAGUGAAUAAAAUAUUUAAUUAUAGUUGUUCAAA